UUUACUAGAAACAGCUGAAGACUUCUGCUGAAGCAAAAGAAGAAUGACAUUUUGUCAACAAACCAAGUAAUUUGAGAGCAUCUUCAAAGGCAUGCAACAGCUUGCAUCCGCCAGUCGCCAUCCAGUUUCGCCGUGUCCAUGACGACGCCUCCUCUCGCCACCGGCGGCAUGACUUCCCAGUUCCCCGGGCAACAGGCGCAGGCCGCUCGAGAUGUCAACACGGCAUCCCUGUGUCGCAUCGGGCAGGAGACGGUGCAGGACAUCGUCUUGAGGACCAUGGAGAUCUUCCAGCUGCUGAGGAACAUGCAGCUGCCCAAUGGGGUGACAUACCAACCCACCACUCACCAAGACCGUCUGGGCAAGCUUCAGGAGCAUCUGCGCAUGUUGUCCGUGCUCUUCCGCAAGCUGCGACUGGUCUAUGACAAGUGCAUAGAGAACUGCGCCGGGCUGGAACCCGUGCCACCAGAGCAACUCAUUCCGUACGUAGAGGACGACAGCUCCAAACUUGACGAGCGAUCGGCCAAUCAGAGCCGCACGGCCAGCGAGGAGAGGAGGGAGGUCCUGGAGGUCAACAAGAAGCUCCGGCAGAAGAAUCAGCAGUUGAAGCAGAUUAUGGACCAGCUCAGGAACCUCAUCUGGGAGAUCAACUCCAUGCUCGCCGUCAGGAGCUAAAAUCUCUCUCCAUCUCUCCAUCUUUGUCUGUCUCUGCCUCUCUCCCUCGCUUCCUUUUUACUCCUAAAACAAGUUGCUCUAGCUCCACAUUUUCCCUCUCCUUCUCCUCGUCUUUCAUUCUCAUUUCAUCUCUUUCUGUCUCUCUAUCCCGUUUCUCUUUUCUAAAACUCUAAUUCUAAAAAACUAGCUGCUCUAUAUCCUGUGGCAGAAAGGCGGGUGGGCUCCAUUUAAGCUUGCUGAAAAACUACCGGUCAUAAUCAUGUUAAGAAAAUGAUUUAAGGUAGUGGCAUUACUCCACAGUGAGGGGAAUGAAAAGGGAGGGUGACCAUUGGAUAUUAAAAGGGGGGAGAGGAGGUAAGGAGAGGAGUCUAAUAACUGGAGAACCACACAUAGAUUUGCUGAAAGGCAGUGUUGCUAGAUGGAAAAUGCUGAAUUAUCGUACCAAAAGCUGAAAAUUAUCGUUUUUUGGGGCUUUUUGGGAGGAAAUUAUCGUACAAUUGUUGUUUCAAGGCAUCUAAAUGAACUGAAUGACAACUCUGAAAUUAUCGUACAUCAUGUUUUUUUGAUCGCACAUAGGACAAAAUGGACAAAAUUAUGGUACAAAUACGAUAAUUAUCGUACAUCUGGCAACACUGAUGAUAGGUGAAACCUGGGAGGGUCAAAGUGUUUUAUGAUACUAUAGCAACCUGUAUUUAUUUUAUCCCUGAAAUUGAGUACUUUACUACUUAGUAUUUAAAACACAUACAUAUUUAAUGUAGCUGUACUUAAUAUAUUGAUCAUGUACUAAAAGGUUAUGAAUUAUGUAUUUGUUACAUAAAAAACACCUCAGUACCUGUAGCAUUUAGAGAAUUUUUUUCUUUUUUUUUUUAAACAGAGAAGCAUUUUGAGUUUAUAUGUGCCUGUUCAGCACCUCAAGUCUGCAACAUGUCAUCAAAUGCAUUUUUAUCUUUUCUUUCUGUUCAACUGUCUUAAACCCUGCUCCAAUUUAAACCAUUUUUUCCUAUUUGUUUGUUUGUGCAUUUGGAACCAAGGUCAGUGGCAUACGGUCAGGACUUGACAUUGGCACCUGCAAACCGGCCAAAAAUGGGUAAAACUGGGCCGUGGCCAGUAGUAGUUUCAGUCUCACUAACCACUUUGGCGGCAGGUAACUUAUUCUUGGGUAUGACAUAAUAUGUAUGAUCAUAAUAGCCUAUAUAUGUUUUUGCGACAUAACAUGUUAUCUGAAAGUUCAAAAAAUAUCAUUCAGCUUCCAUUUGCCUGAUCAAGUUAGUUUCAUUUAACACACUAUAUUCAUAGCAAUUUAUCGUCUUCUUUUAUUUUCUUCAUUUUCUGAAGUUAGAUGUAUCAUGGUACAGAAAAUACUUCAAAGAAAAUCCUGACAACAAAACUGUGGCUAGUAGAAAGGCUGAAUGGCUAGUGACUCUGGAAAACCAUUAGCCGCCGUGGACUGGCCGGUGCGUAAAAAGUUAAUGUCAAGCCCUGCGUUCAGUGAGUGCAUUCCAAUAUGUGACCUUGCGUCCUCCACUUGUGCUUGUGGCCUCGUACUAGGAAGUACAAAGUAAUAUGUCGUGAUGACAUCACUGACAACAGCAUUAUAUUUCAAUAUCUUGCAAAAGCUCAAUUUCAGUCAUUUUCUCCUUUGCAAUUGGGAUGGUGAAUGAAAAACAGUCUAACAAAAGUUGUUGUGGCUAGGCUGACAGCUGGGAAACUUUAUUUUUUUCUCCACGGAGGCGGGGCCACGUGAAGCUACAAGCACAAGUGGAGGACGGGAGUGUGUAUAUUGGAAUGCACUCAGUAUAUUGGUUUUGCUUGGAGAGAACCUCUCUGGAAACCCACCCUAGAAACUGGCAAAUUGCCUGUUAUGGGCAUCAACACCGCACACCUAGUCACCCAGUCGGCUCCUCUGGCCCGCCCAAUAAACUGCAUUGUUUUCCCCUCCGAAUGCUUCAUCCGUGGUUGUGUGGUGCCAAUCACUGCCAGUCAUAUGGCAUGUUGAUUAGCCAACAUGGGGGAAAACAAGCAAUUUCAUGGGCGGGCACAGAGUUGCCGACUGGGUCUAUAUCCUAGGAAAGGGGUAACGUGCAUGUCUCAGAGAAUGGCAAGCUCGCUUUCUCUAUGCUCAUUUAUGCAAACCGCUGUGGCUACACAGGCAAGCCUGUUUUUGUGACAUUAUGCAAAAUUUUUGUGGAAUAAAUACAGACUAAAACACA